GGCAGCUGGCUCGAUCUGUCAAAAAGCCAACAUGUGUUUCUGGUGGAUACUUUGCUGAAGCUCCGAAGAGAGCCUUGGUGCCAGUGCCGCCUCCAAUGCCACCAGCUUCAGGGCACGGCCUGUCUGGUGCCCUCAAUCCCUUGGAGAAGCGCCGCCACAUGGUUGCUGCGCAGUUGGCCAAAAGCAACCCCUCUCGACUUGCUCGGUCAAGACGGCCGCAGCAUUUGAGCAGCGAUGUGGUGCCUGCAGCCUUUGCAAUUGAGAAGGUGCCCUUCAGUCAGGAGGAUGUGGCAGCUGUUCCAACCGCCACGCUAACAUUGCCGAAAUUGCAGACGGCGCCAGGAAGCAACGUAUUUCCGCAGAUGCCCACAGGGCUGUACGACAAGGACAUCCCGACAGCUCCCCUGGAAGUGCUACUGAAGGAUGGCCUCCGGGAGGAAGAUCCAGUUGACCAGAUUGCAUUGCUGGGCCAGUGCGACAGUGCGGGCAUCAGCUUGGCGCCUCCGCCAUCAGAAGGAUCCAAACGACCUGGCUCUGCCCCAAGACAGCUCUGCGGGCCGCAGGAGGGUCCAACGCCGCCGUCCACAGCACCGACGGGCGAGUUCCAUUCCACCGCCAGCAGCUUGCCAGAGGCAUUCAGCGACUGUGCCACAGCGAGGUUUGAGAACUCUUUCGCGCACGGUCACGCUGGGGUAUUGCGAGUGGCCCACUGA